AUGCUUCCGUUGAUUGGAGAUUCCUACCCAGUUGCACUUCGUCGAUUUCAAUCCAUGGAAAAGAAGUUUAUGGCCGAUGAAGCUCUUCGAAAAGCAUAUCAAAGUUUUAUGUUGGAGUAUGAAGCACUUGGUCAUAUGGAGGUGAAUCCUUGCGCGUCGCGUGGCCCACAGUUCUUCCUGCCUCACCAUGCCAUCCACCGUCCUGAAAGCUCCACCACGAAAACACGAGUAGUGUUUGAUGGAUCCUGUCGAUGUUCCAGCUUGUCGCUCAACGAAGCUCUUUUUGUUGGUCCCACUGUACAACCAGCUCUGUACUCCACAGUUGUAAACUUCCGUAUGCCUAUCUAUGUAGUUACCGCUGACGUUGCGAAAAUGUUCCGGCAGAUAUGGAUCCAUCCGGAUGAUCGAAGGUACCAGCAAAUUUUGUGGAGGUACAAUCCAUCAGAACCGAUACGAACAUACCAGCUAAAGACCGUUACGUACGGCCUCGCCAGCUCCCCGUUUCACGCUGCUCGGGUGCUCAAUCAGUUGGCCAUUGACGAAGGAGGACGUUAUCCGUUAGCAGCUCAAGUCAUUCGCAACGGGACAUACGUGCACUCACAGGCCAUGAUAAUCGCGAUACACUUGCCGAAACAUGUAACCAGCUAA